AUGUUCCAGCUUGUUUUCAUCACGUUCUUCGUAUCAGGGGCGUGCGACAGCAACUACCACGAGACCACGUCGCGGUUGCGGAAGACGCUCCUGGGUAGCUAUGACGACGUGUUGGUCAGACCUUCCAACGUUACCAACGUGGCCGUCAGGUUCAACCUUCUCAACAUCCACAGACUGGAGUGGCAGGAUGGGAGGGUGUGUUGGCAACCGGAUCAAUACGGGGGCUUGUCCACCGUCCACGUGACCAGCCUGGAGGUCUGGACGCCUACAGUGGUUGUACAAAACACAGUUGAGCACAUGAGCGUGUUAGGAUCAGAAGACCCUGCGGUGCCUCUGGACGUCACGAGCGACGGGAACAUCACGUGGAAAAUACCCGUCGUCCAUAUGACGUACUGUGACGUCAGUAUCUUGACGUACCCCUUUGACGACCAAGUCUGCGACAUAACAGCCAUCGCCUGGGAGGAAGGACUGUUGUUACAUCUGAGCAGCAACACGAUCGACCUGGGCGAGUUUCUGGAGAACAGUGAAUGGUGGAUCACCGGACAUCACUCGGAACGACGGUUGAAGACCCCCAACACCUACCAGACAGUGUUCACUCUCAGUCUGACGAGGAAACCAAUGUUCCACAUCGUCAGCACCCUCAUCCCCGUCAUGUUGCUCAGUUUCGCCAGCACCCUCGUCUUCUACGUCCCUCCCGACACCGGCGAGAAGAUCAGCUACGCGCUGUCCAUGUUGCUGUCCUAUGUUCUUCUGUUGUCAGUCGUUUCCGAUGACAUUCCGGAAACAUCCAAGGAGGUGUCUGCCAUGGCUGUAUACCUGGUAGUAAUGUUCACCAUGUGCACCCUGAACGUAACCUUGGCAACGACAGUGACAUCCCUUUACCGCCAAGACGAAAGCACUCCGAAACAAAGAUGGCUGAUGGCAGUCAUCUUACAGUUGUGUCAGUGUCGCACCUCCCGCGAAGACAGACACAAACGCGGCAGUGCAGAGGACAAAGAUGAAAACGACUCCGCCAUUGGUAACAGCAACGUCGACGUGAGCAACCAGUGCUCGCGGGAGGGGGAGAUGCAGCAGAUGUCGUGGAAGGAGCUGGCGUUGAGAGCAGAUGUUAUUUUCAGGCGGGUCUUCAUGCUGAUGAUGUUCUGCUUCAACAUGUCAUUCCUCGUGGUGCUGAUCUUGCUGUGA